CAGAAUAAAAAUGAAGACAGCUUUUGUUCUUGUUCUGACCCUUCUAAUCAUUUUCGUAGAUGCCUCGCCAAUACUACCAGAAAAACAAGCCAAACAGCUUUUGAGAACCCGUCGUGAAGACAGACCAAGAAAAGCUGGUUUCCCCGAUGAACCAAUGAGGGAGCAUUUGCUUUACCUCCAACGGCUGGAGCAGAGAUCUGAAGAACAGUUUCUUGAGCACUGGUUGAAUCCGCACUGCUAUCCACAUUGCAACAGGGAUUUAGUUUACCCGGUGUAAUGGCUGA